GGAGUCCAACCUCAUCGCAGUGAAUGCCGCGGCAACUGCUUGUGAAAAGGCAGCCGAGUGGCGUUGGGCUCUGCGGGGGAUGCAUGGCCUUCGCGAGGCAGGCUUGAGACCAGAUUCGAUCACCUGCAAUGCUUUUCUGGCUGCCUGUGGGAACGCCUCUCUGUGGGAACAGCCCAUCGCACUGCUGAGAGAGACCAGGACAGAUAUCGUCUCUCACAACUGUGCCAUCAAAGCCUGCGACACACUGGAGCAGUGGCAGCGUGCCCUAUCGCUGCUGGCUGACCUGCCGAGCGCCUUGGAGGGGCGAAAGCUUGCGGAUGCAGUCACACACACUGUGGCCAUCAGCGCCUCUCAAAAGCAGACGAGAUGGCAGAGCGGGCUCUUCAUUUGGGACAUCGAACAUGGACGGGAAGCAACGGUAACGACCUGCAACAGUGCCUUGGCGGGCUGCGCAGAUGCAGCUAGAUGGCAGGAGGCUGUCUACUUCACAUGUGGUCUGGCUCUCGCGGCGAAUGGCAACAUGUACUUGAGCUCUUGCGUGAAAUUCGGAUCAGGCCAAUGCGACUGGGAUGAACGAGAUAACCUGAUUGAGCACCUUGCUCAGUUUGCAGGUGGUGCAGCUUGA